UUUAAACAUUAAUCACAUGUAUGAGUUGUCAGGAAGAAGAAACAAUAAAGGGUUUUAGGCCAGAGCUGAGAAUGCCAGCCAUGGGCGAUGAAUGAUGCCGCUGCGAGAGCGAAGUGUCCGCAGGUGAUCCACCUGCGCGAACCGGUCGCGUGCCAGCGCUCAAACGAGUCAUGCAGAAUAAAGUCCUCGCGUCCAGAGCAGUGCGCAAAGAAGCAGGAUACGGAUCCGGAAUGGAAGAGUAGCUGAUACAUACACCUGAUCCGUGCAUGCCAUGGGGGGAACGCUGGGCUCGAUGUUUUUGGGCUCUUUUAGAAGGGAAGCCAGAACAGCCAGUGAAAAGAGGAGGAGGGUCAAAGUACUUCAGAAACAGCACUGCUGGGGAACACUAUACCAUUGAGUUUGAGAACCUUGUGGAGAGCGAUGAGGGUGAGAGUUCACAAAGCUGCCCCAGACCUGUGAGCGAAGAAGAGAUUAAUCACUUGAAGGAGCAUCGCUACGCUGCCAUCUCAGACAAACAGGCGCUGAUCGAUGAAAAGCUUAAUGCAGAGUUAGUGGCAGAAGAGGAGAAGUUAAGGCUAGAAGAGGAGGCUGUUUUUGCAGCCCAGCGCGAGGCAGCGCGGCUCGCUAAGGAACAAAUGCUAAAGGAGGGAAAACAGCAGCUGCAGAGGACCAAACCCAGAUCAGAACCAGAGAGCAAUGACCCUCGGCACAAACCCAAAGCUUCGGAUGCAGAGUUUGAGGUGUACCUGCAGAGUGUGAAGGCUCAAUCUGAAGCGUUUCGCAGUAACAGACUCAGCUCUGAGACGAAUGUGGUGACUCCGAACACGGAGAGCAGCUGGGACUUCACCAGUAAGACUGAUGCCACCUCACUGGACCUGGAGUGGGAGGAUGAGGAGGGAAUGAAUCGGAUGGAUCCUGCAUGGGAGCGUUCCAAAACGGAGGAGGACAUUUUACGCGCGGCCCUUCGUCCCGGCGGGAAACAGCUGGACAGCGGCCCCACCUCCACCUCGGAGGACUCCAACGCUCUGGAGUGGGAGAACGACUUUGUCAGCGCACAUCCAGAAGACAGCGGUGACCACGGUGAUGAAGACUUUGAGGGAUUUGUUAAUCCAGUACUGGACACACCCAGUGAGGAGGCGGAGCAAAAGUCCAGCUCUGACCAACAGGAGAGAUAGUCUACAGCAAGAGACAAUGAGACUACAGCAACUUCAAAUGCCUCAUUCAGAUUCAGUGUAAUAUGACUACAGACGGUCCAGU